CCUUAGGGAGGGGCCCAGCCCCCCCCGCAGACCUCAGAGCCCCCCCUACCAGGGACUUCGAGGUGAGCCCCCCUCCCCUGCCCAGGGGUUAGGGACCCACGGGGAAGGGGAAUCCCACCAGUCAGAGCGAAGCAGCCCCCAGAGGCCCCCCCAACACAGGGGCGGGGGGCACCUUCCUCUCCCCCCCGGCGGAGGGGCCCCGGAAAUGCCCCCCCCGGGCCCUCGCUCAACCCAGCUGCAGGGGCGGAUCGGAGGUAGUAAGGGGUAGGGGUGGGUAGGUGGGCGAGAGACCCCCUCCCUGCCCCUGAAACCCCCACCCAGGGCAGUGGGGGGGCUCGACACCUCCAGGGGGACACAGGGGGCUCCGCCGCUCCCCUGCCCGCCCGCCUCGGACGCCCGCUGGGGCCUGACUCCCGACAGGAGGUGCCCACAGAAGCUCAGGCCGGCCCCAGGCCCUGGUAACGGGGAGAAGUGCCAGGAGGAGACACCAGCCUCCCCACCCCAGUGCAGACUGGACUACAGAGCCGCCCGCGCUCCCUGGGGUGCAGCUUGGAGCGGACCCAGGAGUCUGGGUGACCUGAGAGGCUUCCACCUCACCCCCCAACGGGAGACGUGAGAUGCGGCUCGUGCCCGGAUCACCCGUGCCGUCCCGGGCAAAGAUAGCAGCCUGACCACCUCCCUGUCAGCCACUGGUGCCAGCUCCACCCCAUUGCACAGACCCUGGGAGCUUUUCUGCUCUCCCCCCCACCCCUCCCCCAGGACUGGGAUCUGGGGCCCCCCAUUGCACAGAACCAGGGGGUUUUCCUGCCCCCCCCCCCGGGACUGGGAUUGCCUCCCCCUCCCCCCCAUUGUACAGACAGAGGGAGCUUUCACGCCCCCCAGGACUGGUAUCAGGAGCCGCCCCGCUGCUGGGCUGCCCCCGCGUCCCACCCCCACCAUGUCAACCUCGUCGCUGCGGCGCCAGAUGAAAAACAUCGUCCACAACUACUCGGAGGCGGAGAUCAAGGUGCGGGAGGCCACGUCCAAUGAUCCCUGGGGCCCGUCCAGCUCGCUCAUGUCGGAGAUCGCCGACCUCACCUACAACGUGGUGGCCUUCUCUGAGAUCAUGAGCAUGAUCUGGAAACGGCUCAACGACCACGGCAAGAACUGGCGCCACGUCUACAAGGCCAUGACGCUGAUGGAGUACCUCAUCAAGACGGGCUCGGAGCGCGUGGCCCAGCAGUGCAAGGAGAACAUCUACGCCAUCCAGACGCUGAAGGAUUUCCAGUACGUCGACCGCGACGGCAAGGACCAGGGUGUCAACGUGCGGGAGAAGGCCAAGCAGCUGGUGGCCCUGCUCCGGGACGACGAGCGGCUCAAGGAGGAGCGGGCCCACGCCCUCAAGACUAAGGAGAAGCUGGCGCAGACCUCCACGGCCUCCUCAGCCUCAGCUGCGAGUGCCCCAGCAGAGGUGGAGCAGGCCUGGCCGCAGAGCAGCGGCGAGGAGGAGCUGCAGCUGCAGCUGGCGCUGGCCAUGAGCAAGGAAGAAGCGGAGCAGGUAAGGAGCAAGCCCCCUGUCGCCGUCGCUGAAGAGGACCUGCAGCUCCAGCUCGCUCUUAGCUUGAGCAAAGAGGAGCACGACAAGGAGGAGCGGAUCCGGCGCGGGGAUGACCUGCGCCUCCAGAUGGCCAUCGAGGAGAGCAAGAAGGAGGCAGUGCCGGCCAAGGGCGAGGAGUCGUCGCUGAUGGACCUGGCUGAUGUCUUCACCUCGCCAGCCCCCCCUGUCGCUGGGGACCCCUGGGGUCCCCCUGCCCCCACUGACCCUUGGGGUGCCUCUGUGCCUGCUCCCACGGGGCCGCCUGCCCCUGCCCCUUGGGGAGGGACCCCUGGAGGCGUGGCUUCCACUGGCGACCCAUGGGGGGCAUCUGCCGCCGUCACGGCCCCGGGAGACCCCUGGGGGGGCCCCCCAGCUGUCGCCAGCUCUGACCCCUGGAACCCAGAGAGGACGGGCCCUUCCCCCCUUCCUGUUGGGGGCGUUGCAGUGAGUGGAGCACCCCCUGCCAGUGACCCGUGGUCGUCGGGCCCAGCCGCAGCCCCCCAGGGGAAACCCACGGCCGACCCCUGGGCCCCCGCGCAGACCUUCCCCGACCACUGGGGAGGGUCGCCUUCGAAAGCCAGCAUCAAUGGCACCACAGCCGGUGGUGCCUUCGAGCCGGAUGAGUUCUCGGAUUUCGACAGCCUACGCCCGGUGCUGCCCAAGUCAGGGAGCAGCACAGGGGAGCUGGACCUGCUGGCCGGGGAGGUGCCAGUCUCGCGCUCAGCCGGCGCCCGGAGCCCCAGCACCUUCGACAUGGCGGCUGUCGGGGGCUCGCUGGCCGAGGCCUCCAAACCCACCCGUAAGACCCCCGAGUCCUUCCUGGGUCCCAACGCUGCCCUGGUGGACCUGGACUCGCUGCUCAGCAAACCCCACGCGCCCCCCAGCACCAAGACCUCCAACCCCUUCCUGGCCACAGGGACGGCGCCCGCGCCCGUGGUGUCAGCACCAGGAGCAGCCGCUGGCGCCUUGGCCACCAACCCAUUCCAGCCGGCGCAGCCCACCUCACUGACCCUCAACCAGCUCCGUGUCAGCCCCGUCAUGGGGCUGGGCCCCCCCGCUGCCCCCUUCGCUCCCCCCAUGGUCUCAGUCACCCCCCUGGGGCCGGUCGUGCCCCUUGCCUCCGUCUCCCCCAUGAUCGGGGUCCAGCCCCCCGGCCUGUCCCCCAUGGCCAUGCCCCCCAUGAUGCCCCCCCAGCCCAUUGUGCCCACCAGCGCCUCUGCCCAGUCCAUGGGCAACACAAACCCCUUCCUGCUAUAAGGGGGCUGGCCUGGGGGUGGGGGGUAUGAGAGAGGGGAGCCCCCCGAGAGGCUGCCAGGGGAGGGGGAGGGAGCCCUGGGGAAGCCCAUGCGGGGGGGGGGGGGCGGAAGGUGGGCGGGGCUGCUGGGUGUGGCAUCAGAUUCUCCCCUUCAUGGGCAGUACCCCCCCCCCACUUACCUGAGAAUACAUAAAUGGGGGCAGGGGGGCAGUGUUAAACCCCUCCCCCUGCAUAGCUCCACCCCCACUGAGGCCACACCUCACCCUAAGCUCUGCCUCCAAGCCCUGCCCCCUCUCCCAGAAGUGUGGGUGCUGCUGCCCCUUUAAGUUAUAGCUGCCCCACUCGAGUCCCCCCCAUCUAUCACACUACUGCCCCCCGGCCAUCUCACCCCCUCCAGGGCCCACCUGACUGCCCCAGGGGCUAAUGGGACAUUCCCCCCAUGCCCCCUGGCCCGUGACUGAGUCUGCUCCAGAUCCCAGGGGUGGGAUCCAUGCUCACCCGCCCCUGGCUCUGCUUCCUGACCCCCCACCCUGAUGUGGACCCAGGGGACCAGAGCAGCAACCUCCAACGGCAGCUCCAGAGACGACCCCCGGGAUGUGCGGGGGCUCUGCUGCCGGGGUGGGGCAGCGAUGGCCGCCAUGACCCCCCCCCCCCAUGCCAGUGUCUCCUCUGCAGUCACCUGGGCAGGGCCACUGGACCUCUGCCCUGCCUCCCAGAGACUUGCUGUUGGGGUGGGGGGGUUGCCUUAAUCCCCCCCCACCCCCCAGCGUUAUGGAGCAGGGCCAGCCGGGCCGGCACUGCGAUAUAAAUCCAGGACUGGACCCAGCCAGUCCUCUGUUGGGGGGCCCAGGUCUGAGCUACACAUCCUCUCCCUGCCACCCCCCGCACAUAAGAUGUGCAUCAUCAACCGUGCCCCCUUCUGGCCAUAUGUUUGUAAUCCCUGAUUUCCCCCCCCCAUGCAGCAUGAUCCUCCCCUCUUGCUGCCCUCCAGGGGGGGGACAGGGGGCUUGGCUUGCGUGAGUGGCUGUGAUGUCAUGAACCUGGCUCUCUUCCCCCCCCCAACUCAACCCCUACUGGAGCGGAGAGUCCCCCAAUGCCCCCCGUGCUCCCCUCUCAAUCACAGCCUGUGUAUGAAUUCUCCCAGUUGUGCCCCCCACUCCCUUCACCAAUCAACUGCAGGGGGGUGGGGACUGUCCUCCCCCCCAGUUCUCCAACCCCCAGCAAUGUUAGAUCCUUUUCUGUGGUUGUCUGGGGGGGUUCUGAAGGGGGGCUAAUCCUUAAGCCUGACCCCCUGCUGUGGGGAGGGGUCCCCCAUCUGAUUUCUGCCUCUCCCCUGCCCCCAUUUGUGUCCCUCUCCCCCAGUGUACGCAGAACGUGCUCAAAUGAAUUAAUAAUAAAGUGAGAUUCUUCUAAGGCA